UUAUCACUGAGUCUUGAAGAUCAAAUAAAUCAGUUCACUCCCAUCCCACCAAGGGUAAUGUUCAGUUACUGUAUCCUAAAAGGUGACCCAUUUUAGAAUAAUUGGUAGUUUUGGUCUUAAUUCCACAUAAACGAAGAUGUUCGCGCGAAUAGUAACGAUAGCAGCAUGCCUGUCCACGUUGGCAACUGCAGGUCCAGUUCCAAAUCAUGAAAUCAACCCGAUCAUAGCUAACAUCGACAACUAUUUCGGGAACUUGGCACAAUCCUUGGUAUUCCGGCGCGAAGUUAAUUCAACGGAGAAAUAUCAAUCCGCCGAUGGUCACACCCAAGUGGUAAUCCAACCCGCAUCAACGACGACUCUUCAAGAAAUCUUAUUCCAUCCAACCAAUCAGCAUCUAGUUGCCGAGAACGAGACUGAAGUGUUCAGCAAUGGAACGAACAAAGUACUUCUGGCUAAGGUCGAUCUCGUAACUGAGGUCACUACAGAGAAUAGGAAAACUUCCGAGUCUUCGACCACAUCUCCAGCACCGGCAACAACCAGUCCCGCUGAAGUUGCCCCCAAAUUGCCAUUAUCGACCUCAAUCAUACAGGUCUUGAAAGCCAUUCCAUCAACGGUCGUAGCAGGAACCACCGAAUCUUCCACUUUGGCUGAUUUGUCGACAAAAGCGAUUAGCAACACCGCAACGACGGUUGUCGCCACUGGCAGUACAACACUUAGCACCCCGAAUUCGACGCCACAUGUAGCAAUUGUCACACCGGUGAGUGUAGUGGCGGUAACUACGAGUUCAUCGAGUACUACCACAGCGGAGCCUGAAUCCGAAUCGAAGGAGAUUCGAGACAAGGUCAAAGAAGUGGAAGCCGAACCAGUCAUUCUAACUGUUGGAGUGUGAAAUUCGCACUUUAACUCAGGCAGCGUAAUUUAUAAAAAUACUACUAUACCAUUUUUAGAAACUAAUGAAAUGAAAUAUAUGUUAUGAUUU